ACCCCUUUCUGUGGAUUUUGCAGCAUCGAUUCACUAUGUUCUAAUAAACCGCUCUAUGACAGCGUAUCACCGACAGUGAUAGAAGAGGACCACUGUGAAAACAUGAUCUUGUGUGCCCAUUACUAUAUUACCAUCUUUGUUACUGUCUGUCUCGUCAACUCUGCCUAUUCAAAGUUUCAUCCUUUGGCUGAAAUAGAGGACAGCCUGCUACGCAACCUCUUUAUCGGCUAUCAAAAAUGGGUGAGACCAGUGCAAAAUCCCAACCACACAAUUAAAGUCAGUUUUGGCUUAAAAAUAUCACAGCUUGUGGAUGUGGAUGAAAAGAAACAACUGAUGACUACUAAUGUAUGGUUACGACAGGAAUGGAUGGAUCUGAAGCUAAAAUGGAACCCCAAGGACUAUGGUGGAAUUACUUACAUUAGAGUUCCAUCAGAGAGUUUAUGGCUUCCGGAUAUUGUUCUAUUUGAAAAUGCGGAUGGACGUUUUGAAGGGUCACUUAUGACAAAAGCAAUAAUAAGAUAUGAUGGAACAGUCAUAUGGACACCACCAGCCAGUUAUAAAAGUUCCUGCACAAUGGAUGUGACCUAUUUUCCGUUUGACCGUCAAAACUGCUCUAUGAAAUUUGGAUCAUGGACAUAUGAUGGGAAUAUGGUGGACUUGAUUCUGCUGGAUGCAAAUGUAGACAGGAAGGACUUCUUUGACAAUGGUGAAUGGGACAUCAUAAAUGCUACAGGUCUGAAAGGAAUGAGAAAAGAUGGGAUUUACUCAUAUCCCUACAUCACGUAUUCUUUUGUUUUGAGGCGUCUUCCUUUAUUUUAUACUCUUUUUCUAAUAGUUCCUUGCCUUGGACUCUCAUUUCUAACUGUUCUGGUGUUUUACUUGCCAUCUGAUGAAGGAGAAAAACUCUCACUGUCUACGUCUGUACUUGUUUCACUUACAGUUUUCCUACUCGUCAUUGAAGAGAUAAUUCCUUCCUCUUCAAAAGUAAUUCCAUUGAUUGGAGAGUACCUACUAUUUAUCAUGAUAUUUGUAACCCUGUCAAUAAUUGUUACAGUCUUUGUAAUUAAUGUCCACCAUCGUUCUUCUGCCACCUACCAUCCGAUGGCUCCCUGGGUAAAAACACUGUUUUUGCAAAAACUCCCCAAACUACUAUGCAUGAAAGGUCAAGUUGAUCAAUUCUCCUUCUUGGAUUCAGAAACGGUCCAAUCUGCAAAACCAAAGCCAUCCAGCAAAAGGAAACAUAUACAGGCAAAUGAUGGAGAAAAAGUAUUGAUUGCUUUCUUGGAAAAGGCUGCCGAUUCUAUUAAAUAUAUUUCCACUCAUGUGAAAAAGGAGCAUUUUAUUCGACAAGUUGUGCUGGACUGGAAAUUUGUAGCUCAAGUACUCGAUCGCAUCUUCCUUUGGCUGUUCCUCUCUGUUUCUAUUACAGGAUCUGUUUUAAUAUUUACCCCGGCAUUGAGAAUGUGGGUAAACAGCACUAAUGUCUGAAUCUAACUUUAAUCACACAAACCAGUGAUCAUAUGAAAGGCAAACAAUUUAGACAUAUCAUGACAAAGUAGUACACCAUACAAGUAUGCCACAGCAUCCCAUCAAUUUUGAUUUCUAACAAUUAAAUGUACACAUUCUGUAGCUUUAUACAUGUAAAAAUCCUGCACUUCACUGAAGCAAUACUAUUGUAUUAUACAGUUACUACUUUCUUUUCCAUGAAUGUAAAUAAAAGUGCUUCUAUUCA